GCUUCAAAAUUUAUUUAGCGCCAGGUUUAACUGGAAAUAUCCGGUCGGAGGUAAAUGUCAUCUAAAUAUCCUUCUGGGAAGAAAGGUAACCGCAUAAGCUUAUGGUUUAAACGCGUUCUACCUGAUUCCCACCCACAAGUAAAAAAACGUAAUGAGCUUACCUCAUUUUCCGAAAAUGAAACUGAAUGCCCAGUUUGUUUGAUGCCUAUAGAAGAUCCACUGCGACUUAGUUCAUGCGGUCACUUCGCUUGUUCAGUUUGUUGGAGGAAUUUCAUCUCGUGCCAAAUAGAAAACUUUGCACUGGCUCAUCUCACAUGUGUAGCGUGCUCAGAACUAUUGCAGCCAUCAACUGUGAUUCAUCUCUUGUCUGCUGUUUCGACUCGUCAUGAGUCUUCACAAAGUCCCGUAAAAGAUAAUCAGUAUGACCGCAGUUUAUCUCGAUAUGAAGAAUUUUUACUUCAACAAGCAAUGUCCUGUGAACCAGAAGCGAGAUGGUGCCCAAGAGGUUGUGGUUAUGGAUUGAUAGCACACUCCUUCCACGCCUGUCCGCAAAUUGUCUGUCUUCAUCCAAUGUGCGAAGGACGUUCAUUUUGUUUUAAAUGUAGAAGACCUUGGUCCACUGAUACAACAAAUGAAAGUUCGUCAGAUCAAAAUAAUGUUAUACAUAUUUGUCCGGCUGAACAAGAUAUGCGUAGUAAUGCAUUAGAUGGACUGCGCUCUUUCUUUGGUAUUCGGCGUUUUAGCAGGCAAAUAUCUGGUCAAAAUUUAAUAACAAAUGGCCCUCAACCAAAAGUUUCUGAUAAUAUUUUACCAAUACAUUUAAAUACCUCGACUUCUAUGAAGGGAAAGCGUUCCCAUGUACUGAGAUCUUAUCCCAGUUCUACCAACUACUCCAAUGAUACUCGAUUAUCUAUGGAAGAACUAUUUACAAACGUAGAUCUUGAGAGUGCUAAUACUACUGCUCCUGUUUCAAAGGAAAAACAUCCGAUCUCUGAAUAUGAUGUGGUUAACUCUUCUGAAUCAUCUCCCAAAGUAAAGAGACGUCCUUCCGUAGAUUCUAAUGAUCAAAACUCCUUAGUGAAACCCUGUCCUAAUUGUAAAACUCUCAUACAAAAACUUAAUGAUGGAAGGUGUAAUUCUAUGGUAUGCUCAAUUUGUAAUUAUGAGUUUUGUUGGUUAUGUUUACGGGAAACUACAGCAACUCAUUAUUUGAAUUUUUCCGGUUGUACUGUAUUGGGUCGCAGCCGAUGGUCAAAACUUCGUCGUGUUGUUACUGUUUGUAGUAUAAUGUUAGGUACACCAAUCCUGCUUCCACUCACAAUUGUCAUAGCACUUCCUGCUUUAUCAAUUAACUUCACUGUACUCAUGACCAAACAUGUAAGUUACGAUGUCUAUUUAGUUGAAUUCAACUAAUUCACGUUUAUAUGUUAGUAUCUGCGCUUUCUUAAGAUCAUUCAACUGAUGGUAGAACUCAUCCUUGAUUGCAUUCGGGUUGCAAUCAAUUGGGGCGUAGACGGAAAUAACGAGAAUACACCGUUUCACAAACCAGUUCUUUCUCUUUUUGAUGGAGCCUUCUAAUCUAACAGCACAUAGACAACUGUUAAUAGUGAUUCAAUCGAUUAAUACUCCUCCUGCUCAGGCGCCCAUUGUGAUACCAACACCAGCAAAACCAGAGGAAGAUAUCCCAGGGUCCCCAACUAGGCGUACCUGAAUCCGGCAUUCCGAAUCGACAGAUGGAACACGAACUUGUAGUACUCCACUAGAGUAUUGAACAUGGGUGGCUAGAGACAUUAUCAGAUAUGGCUCAGAAUAGAAGCCAGUGGCGAUUCUGCUGUAACUUCCCUUUAGUUCAUAAAAAAAUGAACGUAACUUCUUUGAUUGAAAGAAUUAUUUUUGGUUAUACUUUUGCUAACUCAACUGUUUCUCCUAUUAUUAUUAUCAUUAUUAUUAUUUCACCCUCAUACACCAAUUUCUGUUCGUUGUUGUUUCUCUUUUACUAUACGCACUUUACAUUCUUUGCCUCUUACAACCCCAUUGUUAUUGUGUAGCGCAUAUGUAUUUCGCGCCCCCUUGUGCCAAUGUAUGUAUCCACAUAAAUAAAUGACUGAAUUAUGAAGAACUACACAUCUCAGGAGAGGCACGGAAUACGAUGGAUAUGUUGGAUGCGACUAGAUGAUUUCAACUUCGCAGAUGACCUAGCCCCUCUAUCCUAUACACACCAACAAAUGCAAGUCAAGACGACGAGUGUAGCAGAAGCCUCUGCAUCAGUAGGCCUCAACAUACACAAGGGAAAGAGAAAUAUUCUCAAAUACAACACGGAAAACACCAACCCAGUCACACUUCAUGAAGAAACUCAGGAAGAGGUGGGAGCAUUCACGUACCUGGGAAGCAUCAUCGAUGAGCAAGGAAGGUCUAAUGCAGAUGUGAAAGCAAGGGGCGCCUUUCUACAGUUAAAGAACAUAUGGAACUCAAAACAACUGUAUGCAAGCCAAUAUCAGAGUCAGAAUCUUCUAUAUGAACGUCAAGACAGUCCUACUGUGCGGAGUUAAAACUUGGAGAACUACCACAACCAUCAUCAAAAUAGUACAACUAUUUAUAAACAAUUAUCUACGCAAGAUAUUCAAUAUGCGUUGGCAGGAUACCAUCAGAAACAGCCUACUGUGGGAGAGAACAAAUCAGCUUCUAGCUGAAUAGGAAAUUAGGGAAAGACGUUGGAGGUGGACAGGACAUGCCUUGCAGAAAUCAUCGAACUGCAUUACGAGGCAAGCCCUAGCUCGGAACCCUGAAGGGAAACGGAAAAGUGGAGGGCCGAAAAACACACUACGUCGAGAAUUGGAAGCAGACAUGAAAAGGAUGAAUAGCAACUAGAGGCAACUGUGAAGGAUUGUCCAGGACGGAUUUCUAUGGAGAAUGCUGGUGAGCGACCUAUGCUCCUCCACUACAGGUAAUAGGCGUAAGUUUCUAAAAAUGCGUACUCAGCUGUAUGAUCCGAACUUCCGACCAAUCAUUAACUUGAGUUUAUUUGAGACCUUUAUCUGAUCACUGUUGAACCACUACUGUAAACCUUGACGCACUGGACAACCGUUUCCUCCUAGUAUUGGACUCGAGGUGUACGCAUCCAAGAUCCUGCACUGGAGUUUAUUUAGACAAAAAACGUUUUCUCUAUCGAUGAGCUGCUUUGUGAACUGGCAACAAGAAUAAAGAAAGGAUGG